AUGAUAGAUCUUACAUUUUUGCAGAAGAUUGCAGACUUGGUCCGCAUCAUUCCCUUUGCAUGGAUCGUGCUUGACUUCAUCAAGGAUAUCCUUAUCUCGAUAAUCACUACUGGCCCAGCACCAAAACACGUUGGUUUCAUUAUGGAUGGCAACAGAAGAUUUGCCAAAAAGAAGGCGUUGCCAUUGAAAGAUGGCCAUACUGCUGGCGCCAUGUCUCUUAUUUCUGUUUUGGAGACAUGCUACCGGAUCGGUGUCUCUGAUAUUACCGUGUAUGCCUUUUCUAUUGAGAACUUUAAUCGUUCCAAGGAGGAGGUUGAUACGCUCAUGGCUUUGCUUAGAGAUAAGCUCAAGUACUUGUCUCUCUACGAUGACUCCUACGCACGCGUUAAUCAGGUUAGAGUUCGUAUUAUUGGUAAUCGUUCUAUGAUUCCUGCUGACAUCUUGGAGGAUUUGCAGAAGGUUGAGGAGAUCACUAACGUGGAACUGUCCAAGCGCACGUUGAACGUAUGCUUUCCUUACACUUCUCGUGACGAUAUCGUUCGUUCUAUCCAAGAGGUAUGCGAGAAUGGGACGCCAAAGAGCGACAUUGACGUACCGGAGUUGUAUAAGAAUAUGUACAUGGGGCCAGACUCGCCACAGCUUGACUUGCUUAUCAGAACUUCAGGCCACACUCGUUUGAGUGACUUCAUGUUAUGGCAAUGCACCCACAACUGCAAGAUCGAGUUCGUGUCCACCUUGUGGCCCGACUUUAAGUUUAUCGCCUUGUACAGCAUCUUGUUGAAGUGGUCUUAUUACCAGCAGAAGGAAAUCAAGAGCCAGCGUAAUGCAAGACCUCCGCCACCAGAAAAAGUGGUGGACAUCACUGCUCUUCCACCACCACCUCCAUUUGCUUCAGUUACAGGUAAUUGA